AUGCCAGUCACACAACAGCGCGACGCAUCAUGGAAUUCUAUGCAACUCGAACAAACCCCCUCUCAUCCCAAACACUCUAGCCACGAGUCGACCAAGGACCUUUUGGAGGCGACGGACGCCGAUAACAAUCGAUAUCUGCUCCAUAGCGCAGAACGCAAACCGUUCUUCCUACAUCCAAGCAUGUGGAUGUGGGAAGUGGUCUCGAUCGUAUUUUCAGUGCUUAUUUUUAUCGCCAUCGUCACCGUGUUGGUCAUAUACAAUGGGAAACCCAGUCCAGUCAUUGGGGCCGUGACACUGAACGCUGCUAUCGCGUUCGCUGCGACUUUCUUCAGGAUGUCUCUGAUGGUACCUGUGACUAGUUGCAGAGAUGUAUCCUUCAAACUGCGGUCUACAUUUUACAGUGGGCUAUACUCGUCUGGUAUGACUAGUCUUCCUUACCCGCCAUACUCAUGUACGACUGGCAACUGCACUUGGGAUCCCUUCCCAAACCUUGGCGUGACCGUACAGUGUUGCGACAACUCAGCAGACUACUCUCUCAAUUAUUCAGAGGCGGUAUCAGACAUAUGGCCUGAGCAUCCGUUUCGACCUUGUACCAUAGCAAACAUCCAUACUGGAGUCUCGGCAUUGCCCACGGAGUACCCGCCUCCGCCGCUCGAACUGGCAUCACCAACCCUGGUAUUCUCCAGCGAUACCUCGUAUCAGCGGUGGUCACCUGAUGAGCAUUUCGGAUCAAACUACACCCUCGCUAAUGGAUUCCCCGAGGAAUGGCGCCACAACUGGACAUCCAUCCAUGCCGGCUUUGCGAAAUUCAAAUGA